GCGACCCGCUUUCCGCUUGGCCUCGCGAUAGCUCCUUCUCUUCCUGCUUCGGGGCCUGCUGUGCCUAGGUGCCGCUUCCGGGACACAGAAGGCGGUUCCCGCGUGGCCGGUGUCUCCGCUGCCCGUCCUCCGCCUUUCUCGCACAUUCCCCCAGACGCCAUUGCCUGGCCAGUGGUUUGUGUGGCGCCCCCCGCUCCCACCCGGGAAAGCGCGCGCCGCGGGAGCCAAUCAGCAACUGGGUGAGGCAGCCAUGUCUGAGUCUGGACACAGCCAGCCUGGGCUAUACGGGAUCGAGCGACGACGGCGCUGGAAGGAACCCAGCCCCGGGGGCCCCCAGAAUCUCUCUGGGCCCGGGGGGCGGGAGAGGGAGUACGUUGCUCCGUGGGAUCGUGAGAGACGGGAUGGCAGUGAGGAGACGGGCGCCUCGGUCAUGCAGAAAACCCCCAUCAUCCUCUCCAAGCCCCCCGCCGAGCGGUCCAAACAGCCAGCACCGCAGCCGGCCCCCGCUGCCCCGCUGGCCCCCGCUCCCCUGGAGAAGCCGAUCGUCCUCAUGAAGCCGCGGGAGGAGGGCAAGGGGCCCACGGCUGUGCCCAGCGCGUCCACCCCGGAGGGCACCACGCCGCCGCCCCCUGCGGCCCCCACGCCGCCCAAGGGCGAGAAGGAGGGCCAGAGGCCAACGCAGCCCGUGUACCAGAUCCAGAACCGGGGCAUGGGCACCGCCGCCCCGGCAGCCAUGGACCCUGUCGUGGGCCAGGCGAAACUGCUGCCCCCAGAGCGCAUGAAGCACAGCAUCAAGCUGGUGGACGACCAGAUGAACUGGUGUGACAGCGCCAUUGAGUACCUGCUGGAUCAGACCGACGUGCUGGUGGUUGGUGUCCUGGGCCUCCAGGGCACAGGCAAGUCCAUGGUCAUGUCCUUGUUGUCAGCUAACACUCCAGAGGAGGACCAGAGGGCUUACGUCUUCCGGGCCCAGAGCGCAGAGAUGAAGGAACGCGGGGGCAACCAGACGAGCGGCAUCGACUUCUUCAUCACCCAAGAGCGGAUCGUCUUCCUGGACACACAGCCCAUCCUGAGCCCCUCCAUCCUGGACCACCUCAUCAACAAUGAUCGUAAGCUGCCGCCAGAGUACAGCCUGCCACACACCUACGUGGAGAUGCAGUCUCUCCAGAUUGCGGCCUUCCUCUUCACAGUCUGCCAUGUGGUGAUCGUGGUCCAGGACUGGUUCACAGACCUCAGCCUGUACAGGUUCCUGCAGACCGCAGAGAUGGUGAAGCCCUCCACACCAUCGCCCAGCCAUGAGUCCAGCAGCUCGUCGGGCUCUGAGGAGGGCACCGAGUACUACCCCCACCUGGUGUUCCUGCAGAACAAGGCCCGCCGGGAGGACUUCUGUCCCCGGAAGCUGCGGCAGAUGCACCUGAUGAUCGACCAGCUCAUGGCUCACUCGCACCUGCGCUACAAGGGGACCCUGUCCAUGCUGCAGUGCAACGUCUUCCCAGGGCUCCCGCCUGACUUCCUGGACUCAGAGGUCAACCUGUUCCUGGUGCCCUUCAUGGACAGCGAGACAGAGAGUGAGACCCCGCCACGAGCAGGGCCCACUUCCAGCCCCCUCUUCUCCCUGCUGCCCGGGUACCGCGGCCACCCCAGCUUCCAGUCCUUGGUGAGCAAGCUCCGGAGCCAGGUGAUGUCCAUGGCCCGGCCCCAGCUCUCGCACACCAUCCUCACUGAGAAGAACUGGUUCCACUAUGCUGCCCGCAUCUGGGAUGGCGUGAAGAAGUCCUCGGCCCUGGCCGAGUACAGCCGCCUGCUGGCCUGAGGCCCAAGGAGCACUGUCACGCAGGGAGCCUCCUGGGUGCCCAGGGCACGGCAGGGGCACACACAGCCUUCCCCGGUGGCAGGGGAGAGCGGCAGCAGGCCUGGCAGAUGGACGGGGGGCCGUGACUUCCCCAUCUGGAGACGCGAAACAUCUGGGGCUUGGCCCCCACCCUCCAUUGGGGGCUGUUCAGGGGGUGACUCAGAGAUUCCCCCCUACCCUGGGACGAGGCAGUCCAUGCAGGGUCCCCCGACAGGGGCAGGCAGUGGGAGGAGUGCGGUGGGUUACCAGGAGGCCCCAGCUCCA